AUGUGCGUGAUCACACUACCCUUGCACCCCACAACGAACGAAGAAGCUGGAGCUGACGACGUGGGAGAGAGGAGCGAGCGAGGCGACGGGCGCCGGAUGGAUUUGGUGGGGUUCGGGUUGGAGCGCGUGGCGAGCCUGGAGGACGGCAGCGACGCCGACGACUGGGAGGAGCCUGCCCGCCACGCCGCCAACGGCGCCGCGGAGGCGACCGGCAACGACUCUGCUGAAGCCGCGUCUCUGGCCGGCACGGACCGCCGCGACUCCCCCAGUCGCGACGACUCACAGUCGCAAUCGCCGUCGCGGUCGUCGUCGUCGCAGUCGUCUAGAUCGUCAACGUCGUCGCGGUCAUCGCACAGCGACGGGGAGAGUGAAGAUCGAGGCGCUGGGGACGAGAGGAGGGAAGGCAAUGGGGAGAGAGAGGAGGAGAAGGAAGGCGGGUAUGACGGGGAAGGGCUGGGAGGGGAUGUGAAGGGCAGCGGUGGCGAGGAGUCGACGGGACGAGACCCGCGGGGCGAUGCGCGCGAGGGCGGCGAGCAGGGGGGGAUGGCGGAUGGGGGCACGGGCUGGGCCAGAGGGGAUGAGCGGCCGGCGAAGCGGAUGGAGGCAGGUGAGGGCGGGGGAGGCGGGGCGGAGGCGGAGGGGCUGCUGGUGCACGUGGUGGCGGACCACUACAGCCGGCGCGACAACCAGCAGUGGCACGAGCGCGAGGCGAGUCCCAUCAUCCACCUGAAGAAGCUCAACAACUGGAUCAAGUCCGUGCUCAUCCGCCUCCACACCCACCCCAACUGUGGCGCGCACGUGCUGGACCUGGCGUGCGGCAAGGGCGGCGACCUGACCAAGUGGGCGCGCGUCAACGUGGGCUUCUACCUGGGCGUGGACGUGGCGGAGGGCUCCGUGCACGACGCCAUGGCGCGCUACAAUGGCGACUCGCACCGCUCCUUCGCCGGGGGAGACGGGGCGGAUGGCGACCGGCGGCAGAUGCGGUUCCCGGCGAAGCUGGCAUGUGCGAACUGCUUCGGCGUGGCGCUGGGCCGGGAGUUGCUGCCGCUAGACAAAUACAACAUUCUGACAAGUAGUAGUAGUAGUAGUAGUAGUAGUAGUAGUAGUAGUAGUAGUAGUAGUAGUAGUAGUAGUAGUAGUAGUAGUAGUAGUAGUAGUAGUAGUAGUAGUAGUAGUAGUAGUAGCAGUAGCAGCAGCAGCAGCAGCAACAGCAGCAGUAGUGGUGGUAGUAGUACUACUACUAUUACUACUACUAAUACUCAUAUUACUACUAGUAGUGCUGACAUGUGCUGUCCUUGUUUAUGA